AUGGCGGACCUCAACAUUCUGGGCAAUUCCCAGGUGCACGACCUGUUGAUUGGGCUUAGCAGGAGCGACAUUCAGUCGAUAAAGAAUGAGAUUGGCGAGUCGCUGAUCCAAUUCUCGACUGGGCCGGAGGAAGCUUAUCAGCCUGAGCCCGGUAUUGUUGUCAGGCCAGAUGGGCAAAAGGUUCUGUUCAGACCAUUCACUUCAGUAGAGAGGGUCGGAGUCAAAGUCAUCGUUGAGCCUCCCUCCAGAUCUGCAUCAGCACCGGCCAAUCUACAAACAUUAGGAGGCCAGCCCUCAGCGCUGGCGCCAAUACGCGGCCUUCUUGCUGUAUGUGACAAAGAUGGCCGAGCAGUCGGAGUGAUCAAUGCAGAAGAGGUUACUGGAUACCGAACGUCCUUAAGCGCCAUGAUUAUGUAUAUGGAAAGGCUCAAGACCGACAACAUUGUGGUGUUCGGAGCUGGCAUGCAAGCACUGUGGCACAUUCGACUGGCUCUAGCACUGAGAGGUGAUGAGAUCAAGAGAAUUCACGUCAUCAACCGCUCCCCUAGCAGAGCAGAGGCUACAGUCAAGAAACUUCGGGAAGAAAACCAGCAUCGGUGGAAGUCAUGUGCGAAAAUUGAUUUUCUGGCUUCAACGCACAAAAAGUACGAAUCCGAGUUGGAAAGACUUACUGGAGAAGCCGACGCGAUAUUCUGCACUAUACCGUCCGGGAAGCCUCAUUUCCCCGCCAGCUACAUCAAGUUGGACGAAACAAACACGAAAGGACCAUACAUCUCGGCUAUCGGCUCAUGGCAGCCUGGAAUGAUCGAGCUAGACCCCAGCCUGAUGCGCCGCGCAGCCGAAGCCAGUAUACGUUACCAUCUUCCUGGUCAUCCCGAGGGCGCGGUCAUUGUCGACGAUCGUAAAUGUUGUCUGUUACAUACAGACGAGCUGAUUCAGAGCAAACUCCAUGGGCGACAAACCAUUGCGGUGGGCGAGAUCCUGCAGAUGAAGCAGCGGGCUUCUGGGUGCUCUAUGGACGCCUGGCUGAAGGAAGGUUUCGUCAUCUACAAAAGUGUUGGUGUAGGCGUGACUGACCUGGCUGCUGGCAAUGCAAUCUUGUCUCUUGCUGCCAAGCACCACCUCGGCACAAAGGUCGCCAACUUCUGA